ACGUUCGGCUCCGUCAUGUACCAGCUCGGCAUGGUCUUCCUCACCCUCUCCGCCGUGGUCCCCUCGCUCAGCCCGCCGCCCUGCGCCAAGGACGACACCGACUGCCCGCGCGCGUCGUCCUCCCAGGUCACCGUUCUCUACCUGUCGCUGCUCUGCACGUCCAUCGGCACCGGCGGCACGCGCCUCUGCAUCAUGGCGUUCGGCGCCGACCAGCUCGAGCUGGACGCGCACGGCAGGCCCCGGGAGGCCAAGCCCAAGUGGAGCUUCUUCAACAUCUACUUCUUUGGCAUCGAGCUGGCGAAGCUCACCGCCGCGACCGCCGUGGUGUACUUCCAGGAGAAUGUCGGGUGGGGGUGGGGGCUCGGCAUCCCAACCAUCACCAUGCUCGCCGCGGUGAUCGCCUUCGUAUCCGGGUACUCGCUGUACGUCAAGAUGCCGCCCGGCGGAAGCCCCCUGGUCCGGUUGGCGCAGGUCACCGCUGCGGCGUUCAGGAAGCGGAAAGCCGUCGCGCCGGACCCGAGCCUCCUGUACCAGGACAAGGAGCUCGACGCCGGCAUCUCUACCACCGGCCGCCUUCUCCACACCGAUCAACUAAAGUUCUUUGACAAGGCAGCCAUAGUGACGGCCGGCGACAUGCUGCCGUCCGGCGAACCAAAGCUAUGGCGGCUGUCGACCGUGCACCGCGUCGAGGAGCUCAAGUCGAUCAUGCGCAUGCUGCCGAUCUGGGCGGCCACCAUCCUCCUGAUGACUUCGGGGUCGCACAACGGCAGCUUCGCGAUCCAGCAGGCGCGCACCAUGGACCGCGGCAUCACGCCGCGCUUCAAGAUCCCGCCGGCCUCCAUGCUCAUCUUCACCAACAUCACCAUGCUGCUCACCCUCACCUUCUACGACCGCGUGCUCGUCCGCGUCCUCCGCCGCUACACCUGCCACCCCACCGGCACCACCCACCUCCAGCGCACGGGUGUCGGUAUGACCCUUGCCAUGCUGGCCAACGCGGUGGCCGCGGUCGUGGAGCGGCGGCGCAGGUCCGUGGCCGCCGCGAGCGAGCUGCUGGACGCGCCCAAGGCCACCGUGCCGAUGAGCGUCUUGUGGCUGGUGUCGCAGUACGCCAUCCACGGCGUGGCUGACGCCUUCAUGGACGUCGGCCGCAUGGAGUUCUUGUAUGACCAGGCGCCGGAGAGCUUGCGGAGCACGGCGGCGGCGCUGUACUGGCUGACCAAUUCAGUGGGGAGCUACCUCGGCACGCUGCUGGUUACAAUUGUGCACGACAAGACGCGGCGGAGCGGGCAGUGGCUCCAGGACAACCUCAACCGAGGGAAGCUUGACAACGACUACUGGCUCGUCGUGGCAUUGCAGGUGCUCAACCUCGUUUACAACUUCGUCUGCGUCAAGUACUAUACAUGCAAGCCAUUAGAGACGACCGGGGAUGACAAGGAGGUGGAGCUCGACUGUGUCAGUGGCAAUGGUGAUGAUUACGCCAAGAAGGGUGCAAGUGCAAGCAAGCUUCAGGUAGCUUAG